AUGACUGCGUUCACCAGGGCCAACGCGAGCGGCACGCUUGUGGCCAGCGUGAUUCUGAAAAUGUCUCGUAACGAGGUGCACAUGCAUGUUUUCUCCAGCGGAAAUGGGCCACUGGGUGGUGAAGUAGUCCAGAGGUUCGAUCUCGAGCGCCAGGCAUCGAUCACAAGCGUAUCAUGGUUCAAUGAUGUCGAGCAGAAGAAGAAAUCGAAAAAGAGAACGGCAGACAGCAAUGGCACAAAAAAUAACGAACACAGCCCUCAGGGGCUUUUGGCGUUGGUUUUGAACAACAGCGAGGUGUUGGUGCUCUCACCUUACUCAGACACGCCCCUCCAUCGCAUCACAGAGCUCAAGGAGGUGUAUCUUGUGGCCGGCUCGUCGACGCCUAACUGUUUCUGGGCUCAUACUCCAGAUGCUCUUAUAGAAUAUAACAUCUCCACGCAAAACAUAUCGAAACAAAUUAAGCCCGUAUCGGCCCACAAGAAAGACUUGCUAGCCUACGGCCACUCCCAGUUGGUGCUUGUGGACCCUGCUAAGAAUACGCAAAUAGCUAAGAUCCAGACCGGCAGCCCCAUAUGCGAUAUCAAGCAGGCGAAAACUUACCUCUAUGUGGCCUCACAAGGCUCCAGCAUAAUUAACGUUUACGAUCUCAACAACUCGAGCGAGCAGGUUGCUACCCUUGAGUGUGCUGGUGAGGUCACCAAGCUUAAUAAACUUGGCGAUAACCAGAUCGUUGCUUUCACGGCAAAUUGCACACAAGUAUUCACAAAAACCGAGCUUGUGAACACUUUGCAGGGACCCGUGGAGAACCUUUUUUCUCAGAGUUCAGGGUACGUGGCUGUGGUCUACGACAGAAAUCAGCCAGAAUUCAGAUGCAUUGCAGAGCUCCCACUGCUCUUGCAAAUCCAGGCGAAACAGUCCAAACUGAAAAAAUCAAAAAAGACCACCGGGUCAGAUCUCUCGCUCAACGACAGCAAAGCAGUGCGUAUUGAGAAUCUCCCACCGCUGGAGCUUUACAACAAGCUCACGGCACUUAUAACGGCCCCAAAGAUUCUGAGAAGCAAAGUGCUUCGUCUUUGUCUGAGCAACGACGACGAAGAAAACAUCAAAGAGACUUUCCGGCUCUUCUCCCAGAGUGAACACAGAGAGUUGCUCGUCAAGAACUUGUUCACCAUAGUCAGUCUGAAGGUGGGCGCAGACCCGCUGAGCAAAAGCCUGCUCUCCAUAUGGCUCAAAUGGAUCCUUCUUACGCACGGUGGCUACAUUCUGAAGCAGGAGCUGCUACGGGAAUACCUAAAAAAGCUUCAGAGAAGUUUCGAAGACGGCAUGACGAUGAUGUCGAGGUUGUUGGCGCUUCAAGGCCGUUUACAAUUGCUCAAGGCACACGCAGAGUUCAGGAGCCAGGUGGCGCAGGCCGAAGAGCAAUUGGCAGAGAUUGAAAGCGAAGAGGAGGACGACGAAGAGGAAGAGAACUCUUUGGCUGAUCAGUCUGCGAACGUGGAGGAGCUGAUUGUGUACGCCAAUGGAGAAAACGACGAUUUUGACAGCGUCGACGUUGGAGAUGAGAGCAUUGCAGGCGAGGACGAGGCUUCAGAUGACGAGUUUGUGAGCUUCGACGAGGAGGCAUAA